UGAGCCCAUCCAAAGUUACUUCUUCCCGCCUUCCCCUCCCCCCAAUUUUUGUUUUAGGGUUUUGAUCUCUGAAUCCUUCCCUCCAUUCGCUUCCCUUCACGCCGGAUCGCCACGGUCGCGCCAGGGCUCCGGCCGAGAAUGCACAUCAAGGAGAUAUGCCUCGAGGGGUUCAAGUCCUACGCCACCAGGACGGUGGUCUCCGGCUUCGAUCCCUUCUUCAACGCCAUCACGGGGCUAAAUGGCUCUGGGAAGUCCAACAUACUCGACUCCAUCUGCUUCGUCCUGGGCAUCACCAACCUGCAGCAGGUCCGGGCCACCAACCUCCAGGAGCUCGUCUACAAGCAGGGCCAGGCGGGCAUCACCAAGGCCACCGUCUCCAUCGUCUUCGACAACUCCGACCGGUCUCGGAGCCCGCUGGGGUAUGAGGAUUGCCCCGAGAUCACGGUCACUCGACAGAUUGUGGUUGGGGGAAGGAACAAAUACCUCAUCAAUGGGCAUCUUGCUCAGCCUUCCCGUGUGCAGACCCUUUUCCAUUCUGUGCAGCUUAACGUCAACAACCCACAUUUUCUCAUAAUGCAAGGGCGAAUCACGAAAGUCUUGAAUAUGAAACCUCCUGAAAUUUUAUCAAUGCUGGAAGAAGCUGCCGGCACAAGAAUGUAUGAAAUGAAAAAGGAGUCUGCUCUGAAGACACUUGACAAGAAGCAAAGCAAAGUAGCUGAGAUAGAUAGGCUUCUUGACCAAGAGAUUCUUCCUGCUCUUGAGAAGCUUAGAAAAGAGAGGAUGCAAUACAUGCAGUGGGUCAAUGGCAAUGCAGAAUUAGAUCGGCUCAAGAGAUUUUGUAUUGCUUAUGAAUUUGUCCAGGCAGAAAAGAUACGAGAUAGUGCUGUCAAUGAGGUGGGUCAAGUUAGGAAAGAGAUGGCUGAAGUGGAUAAAGACACUGAAAAAUUGAAAUCUGAGAUACAAGAGAUGGAGAAGAAAAUAUCUAUCUUGACUGCUGAUAAAGAGGCAAAACUAGGUGGUGAUAUGAAGGCUUUGUCUGAGAAGGUGGAUAUUCUUUCUCGAUCUCUUGUGAAAGAAACUUCUGCAAUGACUAACCAAGAAGAGUCUUUGAAAACUGAGAAAAAGGCUGCAGAAAAGAUCAUUAACAACAUUGAAGAGAUCAAAAUGACAAAAGCUGAGAGAGAUGCUGCAGUGAGAAAAUCUGAGGAAGGUGCGACUGAUCUGAAAAAGAGAGUGGAAGGUUUAUCUAAGAUUUUGGAAGACUCUGAGAGAGAAUAUCAGGGUGUUCUAGCUGGCAAGAGUAGUGGAAAUGACGAGAAAUGCCUUGAAGAUCAACUAAGGGAUGCUAAGGCUGCUGUUGGACUUGCUGAAUCAGAGUUGAAGCAACUAAAUACCAAAAUUGGUCACUCUGAGAAGGAGCUGAAAGAGAAGAAGGGUCAACUGUUAGCAAAAUGUGACGAAGCUGCUGCUGUAGAAAAUGAGCUAAAUGUUAGGAAGAAGGAUUUGGAAGCCAUUAGAUCAGCCAUGGGUUCUAUUUCUUAUGAAGAUGGCCAGAUGGAAGCCCUACAAAAGGAUCGAUCUGCUAAGUUAGAGAUGAUUCAGAAGCUGAAGGACGAAGUCCGUGUUCUUUCAGGAAAGCUUGCAAAUGUUCAGUUCACUUACCGUGACCCUACUAAGAAUUUUGAUCGUUCAAAGGUUAAAGGUGUUGUUGCAAAGCUUAUUAAAGUGAAAGAUGCUUCCACAAUGACUGCCUUGGAGGUUGCUGCCAGAGGCAAGCUGUUCAAUGUUGUUGUAGACACAGAAUAUACUGGGAAACAGUUACUUGAAUAUGGAGAGUUGCGGAGAAGAGUAACAAUUAUACCCCUUAAUAAAAUUCAAAGUCACAUUGUUCCUCAACGAGUCCAACAAGCAGCUGCUAGACUAGUUGGAGAGAAAAAUGCUCAAUUAGCUCUACUUUUGGUUGGAUAUGAUGAUGAAGUGAAGAAUGCUAUGGCUUAUGUGUUUGGGUCCACAUUUGUUUGCCAAAGUAUUGAUGCUGCAAAGGAGGUUGCCUUUAAUCGGGAUACCAGUGUUCCUAGUGUGACUCUUGAAGGUGACAUUUUUCAGCCUAGUGGUCUUUUGACUGGUGGAAGUCGCAAAGGUGGAGGUGAAUUGCUAAAACAGCUUCAUGCAUUAGCUGAGGCUGAAUCAGAACUCAACAUUCAUCAAAGAGGGCUGUCAGAAAUUGAAGGAAAGAUUGCUGCCCUAGUGCCUUUGCAAAAGAAGUAUGUUCAACUCAAGUCUCAACUUGAACUGAAAUCAUAUGAUCUUUCGCUCUUUGAGAGCAGAGCUGAGCAAAAUGAGCACCAUAAGUUAGGUGAGCUUGUGAAGAAGAUUGAAGAAGAUUUGGAAGAAGCAAAGUUAAGAGUGAAAGAAAAACAACUUCAGCACAAGAAUUCUAUUUUGAUUGUCUCAACGCUUGAAAAAUCCAUCAAGGAAAAUGGAAAUCAGCGGGAGACUAGACUUAAGGAUUUGGAAAAAAAGAUCAAGUUACUGAAAUCCGAUAUGCAGUCUGCUUUAAGACAGCUAAAGGUUCAUGAAAGUGAGAAAGAGAAGAUUAUCAUGGAGAAAGAUGCAAUCCUGCAAGAGCUUGUUAUGUUGGAGAACCAAUUAGCUGCUUCAGAAACUCAGAUUCACACUCUCACUGAAGAGCUUGAUAAACAACGAAACAAGGUCAGUUCCAUCAAGCAGGCUUAUGAUCAAGCAGAGUCUGAGUUGAAUUUAAGUCGCUCAAAGUUGAAAGAAUGUGAUACACAAAUAAGCUGCAUUGCUAAAGAGCAACAGAACCUGCAACAGAAGCUUAGUGAUGCUGCAGUAGAGAGAAAGAAGAUGGAAAAUGAGGUAAAACGCAUGGAGAUAGAACAGAAAGAUUUUUCUUUGAAAGUUAACAAGCUACUUGAGAAACAUGGGUGGAUUGCUGCUGAGAAACAACUAUUUGGGAAGAGUGGAACUGACUAUGAUUUUUCAGCCCAUGACCCAAGUAAAUCUAGGGAGGAACUCGAAAAGAUGCAGGCUCAACAAUCUGGGCUUGAGAAGAGGGUCAACAAGAAGGUGAUGGCAAUGUUUGAGAAAGCGGAAGAUGAAUACAAUGAUCUAAUUUCAAAGAAAAAUAUUAUUGAGAAUGACAAGUCAAAAAUCAAGAAGGUGAUAGAAGAGCUGGACGAAAAAAAGAAGGAAACUCUGAAACUAACUUGGGUCAAAGUAAACGAGGACUUUGGAUCAAUCUUUAGUACCCUUCUACCAGGCACAACUGCUAAGCUAGAAGCUCCAGAAGGGUGCAGUUUCUUAGAUGGUCUGGAGGUUCGUGUCGCAUUUGGAAGUGUUUGGAAGCAGUCUCUCUCAGAAUUAAGUGGAGGACAGCGAUCUCUUCUCGCGCUUUCUCUAAUUUUGGCAUUGCUUCUUUUUAAACCAGCACCAAUUUAUAUACUUGAUGAGGUGGAUGCUGCUCUUGAUCUAAGCCAUACACAAAACAUUGGAAGAAUGAUUAAAGCCCAUUUUCCGCACUCCCAGUUUAUAGUGGUAUCACUUAAAGAGGGAAUGUUCAACAAUGCAAAUGUCUUAUUCCGGACCAAAUUUGUUGAUGGAGUCUCUACUGUUACAAGAACAGUUACCUCAAAGCAGAGAUGACCCUGUUAAUUUGUUGUGUUCUUUGCUGGUGCUCUUCUGGAUCACACUAUCUAUCUGACCACCAUCACUGGGGCAACUCUUUGAAUGUAAUGGAGAUUCAUUCCAACCCUGGUGACACCAGAGACCUCCAGGUUUCUCUUCCCUUUCCAUCUGCUGUCGUGUAAAUUAACUGUGCUGAUGCCUUUAGUAGUGUUGUCGCAACGUCGAUUAGCUGUAACACAUUAUUCAUGUAUGCACACCACUGAAUUAAAGAUGUUUCUACA